GACUUUGUGGUAUCGAGCGCCAGAGGUCUUACUUCAGUCCACGUACGCAACACCAGUAGACAUGUGGAGCGUUGGAUGCAUUUUUGCAGAGAUGUUCAGGCGGAAACCUCUCUUUUGUGGAAAUUCAGAAGCCGACCAGUUAUGCAAGAUUUUUGAUAUGAUUGGUCUUCCAUCUGAUGAAGAGUGGCCAACAGAUGUAACGCUCCCACGUGCAGCUUUCUCACCACGGAGUCCACAACCAGUAGAGCGAUUUGUUCCAGAAAUUGACGCUAUAGGUGCACAGCUUUUGCUGGAGAUGCUGACCUUUGACCCCCAGAGACGUAUAUCUGCAUCCCAUGCCUUACUUCAUCCCUUCCUGGCAGAGGACAGUGUUGCCUGCUCCAUACCUGAAGCCUUUCCUUACGCACGUGCGACUGCAGAUGAGGUGAAAUGAAUCCACUCUUUCCAUCACCAGACAUCAGAGAACCAUAUCACCCUAGAUACAGAACCACAAAGCUCACCACUGCCUUAUAAAUAAACGUGUGCCUUUUUUCAAGUCAUUGCUUUUUGUUGCAUGACACUACACUAGUAUCAGAAUUAUUUUCCAGCUACAUCAUGCAAACUCUUUUUCCGGAUACAGAUUCAAAUGGGUUUUAAAAACACAACCAUAGAAAAACUACGCAAUCCGUAAAUAUCUGUAGUUGGACUGGAGAGCUGCCAAUAGAAACAUUUAUGCUGUAGCCAAGUCCACAAAUGAAAGAAGAUGAAUUGAACAUUGACGUUUUACUUUGAGUAAAAGACCUCAAAUAGGAAAAGAUGAUUACGACACCUGAAUAUUUGCAACUCUACAAACUAUGAUGAUGCAAGAUUAUGUUGCGUGUGUAUAUCCUAUAGCUGUCUAUUGAAGCUAUAAUUGUUCUUGGACAGUGGUACAACCUGAAUGCUUUAUGCCAGCUUUCUAUAUUUCUCAUUAUACUAGCACACUGCA